UCUUCAGUACAAGCCGGAAUCAUGGGUAAGGCCCUUUCUGUCUCUCAGAAGUUUGAAACAUGUCCUUAAUAACUCCAUAGCUGCCAACCAUGGCCUCCAGGAGAAGGAUCUCGAGUCUGCAUCUGCAUCCUCUCGCCAUACCCGGACCGCUGAAGACUACACUGCACCUACGGAGGAAGAACAGGCAACAUUGAGAAAGGUUGCUGGUGGCAUCCCUCCCGUCGCGUACCUUAUCUGCGUUGUCGAGCUUGCCGAACGUGCGUCUUACUAUGGCGCGAAGGGUGUCUUCAACAACUACAUGCAGUUUCCUCUUCCCAAAGAUGGCAACGGAACAGGUGCUGUACCGAAGAGCAAUCCAAACGGUCAUGCUGGUGCAUUGAACCAAGGUCUUCAGUUCGCAUCAGCCAUGACCAUUCUCUUCACAUUCUUGUCCUACACCAUCCCAAUCUUCGGUGCCUGGCUGGCUGAUGCUAAGAUUGGCCGCUUCAAGGGUAUCGUUUGGGGCGUCCUCAUCGGUGGUGUCGCUCACAUCAUCAUGAUUGGGGGAGCUGCGCCUGCUCUGCUAAAGGCUGGCAAGGGUGUUGCGCCCUUCUUAAUCAGCUUCAUCCUGCUCGCCAUCGGUGCCGGUAUCUUCAAGCCUCUUGUCGCACCUACACUGCUUGAUCAGUAUGAGCACCAAAAGCCCUACACAAAGACCCUCAAGAGCGGAGAGAGGGUUAUCGUCGACCCGGAGACCACGAUCCAGCGCAUCCUGCUCAUCUUCUACGGAUUCAUCAACGUUGGAGCCUUCUUUGCUAUCGCAACAACCUACGCAGAAAAGUACCUCGGCUUCUGGAUUGCUUUCCUGCUCCCUGGCAUUGUCUACUUCUUGCUGCCACUACUCUUGAUCUUCAUGAACAAGCGCUUGGUCAAGAAGCCGGCAGUGGGAUCGGAGCUCGUGCAGUUCUUCAAGAUUAUCGGUGCUGCCAUCAAGGGCAACAAGGGCAAGCUCUGGGGCAAGGGAUACUGGGACGCUGCACGACCGGCAACACUCGCCGCCAAGGGGCGCACUGUUACCUGGACCGACAAGUCUGUCGCUGACGUCUACCGUACACUUGAAGCUUGCCAGAUCUUCCUGUACUUCCCUCUCUGGUACCUGAAUGACGGUGGCAUCGGCGCCGUUCAAUCCAACCAGGGCGCUGCCAUGACCACGGAGGGCGUACCGAACGACUUGCUCAGCCACUUCAACCCGUUGACGAUCAUUGCCUUCACGCCUAUCCUCAGUCACGGCCUUUACCCUCUCCUCAGGCGCUACAACAUCAAGUUUGGACGCAUCAACCGCAUCACAAUUGGUUUCAUCAUCGCCGCCAUCUCUGGUGCAGUUGGCGCGAUUGUUCAGUGGCGGGUCUACAAGACUUCUCCCUGUGGCUACUACGCAUCCGACUGCGAUGGAGUCUCGCCCAUCACCAUCUGGUGGCAGCUCCCCAACGUCAUGCUGGGUUCGAUCUCAGAGGUCUUCGUCAACAUCACCGGUUAUGAGUUGGCCUAUGCUCGUGCUCCACCAAACAUGAAGUCGAUCGUCAUGGCCCUAUUUCUGUUCAACACUGCGCUUUCGCAGGCGCUCGCUGAGCUCUUGAUCCCCGCCAUCAAGGAUCCCUAUCUCAUCUGGGUCUGGGCUGGCCCUGCCAUCGCUCUCGUUGCACAGACUGCCGUUUUUGUCUGGAGACAUCGUGGCAUCAACGAUGAUGAGUUCAUGGUGUACGAGGAUGAGGCACCGGCCGAGAUUGUUCAAGCUAUCGAGACGGAGAAGAAAUAAAGGUUCGACAUUAGCGUCCAGAAGAAUAAGUUUGAGCGUCACUAGUUUAAUAUCUAAUCCAAAGUCAAACUCCACAUUUUUUUUAUCUUUGAUAUUCCAAGAGAGGCGCGCGUCUCCCAUGAGCGAUAGGAGGCAGUCAGGUUACGUGGGUCUUCUUUCUGUCAGCAUACGAGUACCUAAGGGACUGCACGAAGUUUUAGUGCAUCGCUCUUUCCAAUCUCAAAGCAACUAUAGACGUUUCAAAAAGACCAGGUACACACCAUGACCGGGACAGCG